GCUGGAAAAUGAAAACCACCAGCACUUCUGAGCUCAGCCAAUCAGAGCGGGAGGGCGGGGCCUGGAGUUCAGGAACAGCCCCGCCCCCAGCCUCUCCGUGCAGUUCUCCUCCAGGUCCGCCCAUGCUCCAUAUAAAGGAGGGCUCUGGGCUGAGCAGUCACUGCUUUCUGCUCACACCUAGAAGAUGUCUGGUCGCGGUAAAGGAGGGAAAGGGCUCGGGAAAGGCGGCGCCAAGCGGCACAGGAAGGUGCUCCGUGAUAACAUCCAGGGCAUCACCAAGCCUGCCAUCCGCCGUCUAGCUCGCAGGGGAGGCGUCAAGCGCAUCUCCGGCCUCAUCUAUGAGGAGACCCGCGGGGUGCAGAAAGUCUUCCUGGAGAACGUCAUCCGGGACGCCGUCACCUACACCGAGCACGCCAAGAGGAAGACCGUCACCGCCAUGGACGUGGUCUACGCGCUCAAGCGCCAGGGCCGCACUCUCUACGGCUUCGGGGGUUAAUGCUGCCUCCGUCCUCACAGCACAAAGGCUCUUCUCAGAGCCGCCCACAUCUUCCCGGGGAGAAGCUACAAUUCCUUCUGCGCUCAGCCACUGAGGGGUUAACACCGCCCGCACAUCAGGGGACGGAGUGCCGGACAAUUGUCCGAGAUCAGCGGCGCCCUGUGCUCAGUACAGCCGGAGGUCUACAAUACAGAAAGCCCCAGUAAUGUAAAUCCCGAGCCCCGGGUGUUCUCCACCGCUCCUGCCCCC